UCAAAGCAGGUGGGUAAACCUACCCGUGAAUCAAGACUACUGUUGCCCCAAAGCAUCCUGCACGGCUGAGAUGCUGCACUUGGGGGUUUUGGCCCUGUUGGUCGCUCCGUCCCCAUCCCAUGUUGUCUUUGUGUCCUGCAGCCCCAGGUGGAGCCCGGUGGAUGGAUGGGGUUUGCACAUUUCAUUGCAUGUCUUUCGCCUCCUUUGCUGCUUUUCUACAUCCCUUGCAUAAUAAACUGCCUGUGAGUUGGUGCAUUACACUGAGGUGCUUCAGUCAGAGAAGGAGUUCCAUGGUGCGGCGAAGCGAAAUGAUACAGCCAGGAUGGAGGAACUCAUCAGCAGAGGAGUUGAUAUCAAAGCCAAAAACAAUGCAGAGCGGAGUGCCCUGCACUGGGCUGCGGGAGCCGGGAGCGCGGAUGCUGUGCGGCUGCUGCUGGAUCACGACGUCCCUGUGGAUGAUGAAGACAGUUUUGGAAUGAAUGCUCUUCUCCUGUCUGCCUGGUUUGGCCAUCUCCGUGUCCUGCAGAUCCUUGUCAAUGCUGGGGCCAAGAUUAACCGUGUCAAUAGGAAUGGCAGGAACCUGCUUCACUGUGCAGCUCAGAGGGGACACAUCCAGGUCAUGGAGUUCAUCAUGGAGAACUUGGAGGAUGUAUGUGUGGAUGAGACAGACAAGAUGGACAGGACAGCGUUUCACCUGGCCGCGGAGUACGGGCAGCGGGAGGUGGUGGAGUUCCUCAUUCGUCUGGGUUGUUCUCACAGUGCCAAAGACAAGGAAGAAAAUACAGCAUUGCAUUUAGCUGCUAAAAAUGGACACCUCUCUGUGCUGGAGAAGAUUAUAGAUGUCGGAGUGGACCUUGAUGAAAAAAACUCAGAAGGACUCACGGCUCUGCACCUGGCUACUGAGGGGGGACACAGCCUCUGUGUGAAGCUGCUUGUGGAAGCAGGUGCUGAUGUCAAUGCCCAAACCCAGAAAAAGAUGAACUGCCUUCAUUAUGCAGCACUGCAUGGCUAUGAGGAGAUAGCCAGGAUCCUCAUGGGUGCAGGAAUCCACACGGACACUCUCAAUCAUCAAAAUGCAUCAGCAACACACAUUGCAGUCCUGCAGAACUUCCCAGCCAUGGUGAAGCUCUUCAUCAGUGCAGAGUGUGACCUUGACAUUCCAGAUAAUAGGCAGCAGACCUCACUCCACAUCGCUGCAGAGCAUGGCAGGCAGGACAUUGCUGAGAUGAUUCUCAUUGCAGGAGUUAAUCUGAAACUGACAGACAAGCAAGGGAAAACAUCUCUGGAUGUUGCUGCCCGAGGCAAUCACAUCAUCUUGGUGGACAUGAUUAUCAAAGCUGAUCGAUUUUACAAAUGGCAGAAGGACAACCUGAACAGCAACUCUGGCUCAUGGGUGGCAAAGCACUUGACCUUUAAGCAGGAUCACAGGCUGGAAACACAGCACAUUCGCUCAGUCAUGUGGAGAUUAGCCACUAAGUACCUCAAACCCGGGGAAUGGAAGAAGCUGGCACAUUACUGGAAAUUCACUGAUGACCAUGUUAGGGCCAUUGAGCAGCAAUGGACAGGCACUAAAAGCUACAGGGAACACGGCCACAGAAUGUUGCUGAUCUGGCUCCAUGGUGUGAUCACUGCAGGAGAAAAUCCAAUCAAGGGACUGUAUGAAGGCCUGGUGGGGAUUGGGAGAAGAGAUUUAGCAGCAGAUCGUUCUCUCUUACAGAAAGUAUCCGGAAAAAAGCAAAUGCAGACUCCACCUCUCCACGGAAGUGCACAGCAAUGUAACACCAGUAGCAUCCUCAGCCGGUCUCAGAGCUACAGGAGAAACACUUCUCUGCUGCUGAGAAGGCAGAUGCAACCUAAGGGCUCCUUCUGGACAGGAAAUGACAAGGAUAAAACAAAUGCUCAUGGUCAAAAAUACCUCUACACAGAAGGGAGAUUUUUAUCAGCAAUUUCAAAUGGUCUGGGUACUAUAAUGAGUUUGGUGAGCAAGCCUUGUCAUACUGCAUCAGGAAAUAUUACAGUUUUACUGUAACUUGUCUGCAGCAUAUUUUUGUAUAUAAAUUUUCAAUUGUUUUUAAGUUAAUGAGGGCAGAGGCUUUGUUUUCAGGAAUGUUCUUUACUUAUUUGUAGGGGGUGUCUCAUGCCCUAGGCAUGUUCAUAUAUUCCCGCCAUAAGAGAACUGAAGCAAAAUCAAAGCUACUCUUUGGUCCUUUUGGAACCUGAGGGAUUGUGAUCUUUAAUGCUUUGACUCUUCACAAAAUUUUGAGAAGAAUAUUAGCAUAUGCUGUUUAUAAAUGUACAUAAAUAUGUAUGUUUAUAAACCAAAUAGGUGACUCUAACCUUUUCGAAACAUGUUUUCAUUUGUCAUGUUAUCCUUCAUAUUUAUUUUUUACAGCAUCUCAAGGGGAAAAUAAUGUCUGUACUUCAAUAAAUCUAGAUUUUACCCUUUCAAGUUGCAAGUUAUAUCUUGUCAUCUUUAAUAAAAAGUGACUACAGCAUUCUUUCUAAGAGCUAAACCAUACAACCUUAUAGUUAAAGCUUGAGAGGAAUUCAAGCAGGUGGUGGC